AUGGAUUUGAAGGACGCAGAGAAAUAUCUGGCACGAGCAAGACAAAGGGAAGAAGAGAUGCAAAAAGAGAAUGUCUUUUCUGAUAGUUUGCUACAAAACGAUAAAACGGUCGAAGAGUUGAAAAUUGGUGGAGUGGCUGCAGAGGAAAUUUGCACUGAGGAACCUAGGAAGACAAAUGCUUCUGUUUACCCAGUUGAACAGUUAAGACGUCUAAGCAGGGAAUCCGAGAACAGUAGUACCACCCGUGCGAGUGCAUUAUUCACACCGAAUGCCAAUUAUUAUGCACCUCUUAGUGUGAUUAAGUCAUCAAAGCAACCUUCUGGACAACUUGAACCUUUAAAAGCAGUUGAAAAGCAUGUGGCUUCUGAAACAGCUAAAGAAAGAGACCCUGCGACGAAGUCGGGUGUCACAUCUGCAAAAUUGGAAAAUAAUGUCUCUUCACCUUUGAAGUUUAUCGAUGAAGUUGCGCCUAAUGAGGCUGAAGAGCAUGCGACAAUUCUUACGCAUGGCGAGACUACUGAUGACGAGAAACCAGUAAAUGGCCCACUGGAAUCUACAACUAUUGUGAAUAGUCCAUCGGUCAGCAGCGAAGCUGGAGAUUCAAAAAUUAAAAGGUUUUUUGAAAACCAGUCUACGGAGCAUACUUCUCCUUGCCCUCCUCAGCCGUUGAACAACUCUGAACCGUCUCCAAUACCAAAAAUACUACAAACACCAGUUGUUACUACUGAUGAAGACCCUGUUUUGUUUUCAGGACGCAAUAGGCGAAGCGACGUUGUAGAUGAAAUUGCCGUAGCUGCCAAGAAUGCAACGAAGGCCCUAGAAAAUAUUCCAUCAGGUUCUGGAAGAGCUAGGGAAAUAGCUUUGAGAUUAGAGGAGAAAACAAAGCAAGAAGGCUCCUCUACACCUUUAUCAUAUCCUCCAUCUAAAACAGUUAAACCCAGUUCUCUGAAUAAAAGCACUCAACCGACAACGGAUGUUCAUAUUCAUUAUCGGUUAACUGCAUCAGUACCGAAACACAUUCCUAGAGUUGUGGCAAAAAUUGACACAACGUCAGCUAAUGUCAAAAGUUUGAGGAGCAGAUGGGAGGUUUCAUCUUCAUCUGGUGCUCCAUUGCAUCCUGAUCAGAACGAAGAUGAUCUGCUUGAGGCAGCUCGGCAAAUGUCUAGGGCAGUCAAACAGUCAAACCAGUGGCGAACGAGGCCACAUUCUUACUAUGAAUCAGAAGAACCAGUGGGUGCCCAUUGUAAUAAGAAUUUUCCUAUUGAAGGUGCGUCAUCUGGUGGUGAGAUGGAACUGGCGAUAGCAGCGAAAGAGCCAGAUGAAGCUGCAAAACAGAAGGAAGAAGAGAAGACUAAAAAGAGGUCUAGUAAGUCAGAUGACAAUGAGGGAAGUGAUGACGCUUCAAGCCUGGAAAAAAAGCCGAAGCGUGAGGAAAAGGAUGAAAGCAAGCUUUCAGGCCAGUUGGUAGGCGAGGCAUUGGGAGCUUUUGAAUUCUUGGAUGAGACGCCGACAAGAAAUUCGUCAUUUUUGUCCUCCAUACUAGAUAGUACUCCUGACCUUCGGACUCCGAAACAACCUGAUGUUCAAAAAGAUUCCGAGGAAAAGAAGGACGAUAACGAUGAAAUUCCUCUAGUCCACUCAGUAUCUUUUUACCGAAAGAAGAAGAAGGAAAUGAAAUCCGUUGGAGAGACUACUAUAUUAGGGCAGUUUGCAACUUCUCCUCCGCACAGUUCAGAAAAUUACAGCCAGAAGUCAUCACCGUUGAAACAUAUGUCUGCGGGACAGAGGUUUGCUGCAGAAAAACAAAGAUUGGAGAAAGAUAUGUUAGUGCAAGAUGAGCAAAUUGCGCAAGCAGCAAAAGCACUCAGAUUGUGUAGAAAAAAUUUGGAGUUCAGGGGGAGUAGGAUGGAGGUCGAUGCUCAGCGAGCAUUGCUUAUUGCGAAAGAGCGUCGAAGAGCACUACAGAAUGCUUAUGAUGAUCUUAUCCAAGGGUAUGCGCGCGGAAAGCGGACCACUGAUCAGCCAAAACCUAAAGGAACGUUGACAGUAAAAGACAUAUCGCUUCGGCUUAUGCGAGAUUUCAUUAAUGGUCAUAUCAACUAUCAUAGCGAUCAGACAUUAUAUUAUUUUAUUGUUCUCAUUCGACAUGAGGAGACAGUACAUCACACCACUAUGGUUACGAGCGAUGACGGUUUACAAAGUGGUUAUGUGUCUUUCCCAAACUAUAUCCAACUAAAAUCUUUGUCGCAUGACUUCACGUGUGUAAUGGAAGUGUAUGCUUUGAGAACAAAGCGGGAAUUGUUUAGUCAACCUACAACGUUGAAAAAGCCGCCACGUUUACCUUCAUUCCACCAAGGUUCCUCUCCUGGAGGAGUAGCAGAAGUAAUUGAUCCCUCUUUCCAAAAAAUUGGGACGCUAGCUUUGAACAUUGGGAAUAUUUCGAAGACCAAAUUUCGUCUACUUGAUGUUAUGUCUCCUUUAGAUGGUAGCGUAACAAUGACGUUAACUUGUUUUCCAGAAGAGACGGGGACGAUUGGUCACAAAGGCUUCUUGAGUUUGUACCAGGAAGUGCAAAAUAUUGCAUCAUGGACUCGUUUUUGGUGUGUUUUAAAUGAUGGUAAUUUGCGAUUUUGGAAGUAUCCAGAGGACGAAGCGUCUAAAAAGCCCGUUGUAAUCAUAAAUCUACGCGAUAGCGCAAGUGAGGAAAUCAGACCACUUGGCCCGGAGACCUGUCCGUAUCCGCAUUCUAUGACAAUUGACAUUUGGGUAGAAAGUGUUCAAAGGCGGGGGAAGCAUGAAAAAAUAAGGAUCAUGAUGGCAGCGGAUACAAAAGAAGAUAUGCAUAGGUGGCUGGGUGUUCUGAACGAAUCUUUGAGGAAUAUAACACUUUGGUAUCCGAAGUGUUAA